AUGAAGUACCUCUUGCAAGCGAUCGAGGCGAAGCGCGCCGCGGUCAAGCUCGACGAUGGCGAGCUGCGCGAACUGCUCACCGAGGUAUGCAAGGGCCGCGACGAGCGCGAGGAAUUCCUCGAGUCGAUCGACCGCAUCAUCACCGAGCUCAAGAACUACACUGAGCACUCCACCGCCUUCCUGUCCAAGGUGAGCAAGCGCGAUGCGCCCGACUACUACGACGUGAUCAAGCAUCCCAUGGACCUCGGCUCCAUGCAGAAGAAGGUCAAGUCUGGACAGUACAAGACCAAGAAGCAGUUCGCGCACGACCUCAACCUCAUCUGGGACAACUGUCUGCUGUACAACUCGGACCCCACGCAUCCGCUCCGGCGCAACGUCCAGUUCAUGCGCAAAAAGGCGGAUCAUCUGCUCGAGUUCAUCAGCGACAAGAGCGACGUCAAGAGCGCGCUCGUCCAGUGGGGGCUGCACGACUCCAAGCCCACGCCAGCCAGCGGCGCCGUCAACGGGCAUACCACAGACGCCGCGAAUGCAGCGUCUGGAGCGCAAGAGCCGGCGAACGGAAACGCUGCAGCACAGCAGGCGGAAGCACCGCGGGGGAGGAACACCAGCCACAUCGCAUUUGAAGAGCAGGAAGCCUUUGUUCGCACGCCACAUUCCAUGCUCGCCUUUGCCAACAUCGACGCCGGGCUGCAGCAGCUCGAGCACGCCGAGGCCGGGCCGAGUUCGCGGCCGCUGCUGGCGCCGUCGAAGCUGGUGGAUGCCAUGGCGGCGGUGCGCGACGAUGCGCACGACGAUCCUCUGAGCAGCGUGCUGCCGGGCAUCUUUGCAGCGCCGAGCAGCAAGGGCAAGGAGAAGGCGACGCCGGAAGUCACUCGGCAGUCGCAGCCGCCGUCGCAGGCCGAGUCGGUCGCAUCAGCACGCAGCACGCCUGCGCGCGAGGUGGCGGCGCGCGACGCGUGUGCCGACUGGUUCACGGUGGCCGCAUCGGCAGAGAUGAUGACGGGCGGGCUGCCGCGGUUGGCGUCGUCGGCGAUGGCUGUGCCGCCACCACCCGCGGCGGGUAGGAAGCGCAAGGCGUUCCACCAGGUGCCUGCGACGCGGCGGCGCGGGCUGGCGGGCAAGAUCGCGCGCAACGUGCGCACGCUGCAGCGCGUGCAGCAGACGCACAACAAGUUUCUGGCACUCGCGCACCACGUCGAAAACGAAGCGCCCAUCCCGGCGUACCUCACGAGCAUGUCGUCGGACGAAGAGUCGGACUACCCUUCCGACGACGAGGUCGAACCGCGCGAGCCGGCGCGGCAUCCACUUGCACGCAUUUCGGGCGCAUCGGCACACGAGCACGCGUCGUACAACGUGCGCAUGCUCCUCGCCCACCACGGCUUCGAAGGCGGCCACCGUGCAGCCGUCGACGUGCUCACCGACGCGCUGGGCGAGUUUAUGGGCAACCUCGGGCGGAUGCUACGCAUCUACUCGGAUCGAUACGCCUCGUCGAUGUCGGCGGAGGAGAUGGUGCUGCACACGCUCCACGAAGGCGGAGGUGCCGACGUACGGGGACUGGAGAACUACAUCCGCAACGAUGUCGAGCGCAGCGGUACCAAGACCGCCGAGCUUCUGCGUAAGCUGCGCAGCAGCUACCGCGAGCAGUUCAGCCUGUCGACCGAGCGCGGGGUGAUCGAGGACGAGGCGCUGUUUGCCGACAACGGCGAGGCGCUGGUGGCGGGCAACUUCGCCGAGGAUCUGGGCGACGACUACUUUGGCUUCCGCGAGCUCGGGCUGGACAAGGAGCUGGGCAUGAGCGGACUGACUGUGCCGACGCGGCUGUUCUACGGGCGUGCGCGAGCGAGCAAUACGGCCAUGGCUGCGAGGGGGGCGGUGAAAGAGGAGGUGUUGGCGUAUCCACCCCCGCCCGAGCCGGUGGCCUUGACAGCAGCGGCGGUGGGAAGCCAAAUCGCGCUGCUGCAUGGGUUCUACCAGGACAGGUUGAGGGAGCACCGUCAGCGCGUAAAGCAUGCGCACGAACAAGCGGCCGAGGAAGAGGAGAGGGAGCAGGUGGAUCCAGUCGUGGCGGCCGCGACACUGCCCGAGCACGAACAGGAAAAGCAGCGCUACAAAGUGCCGCCGACGGGCAAGAUGCCUCGGCGCAUCAUGUGGAGUGCGGCGCUGGAAAGGAAACAGGCUGCCGAGAGGGUGGCAGCCGAAAAGCCGAGUGUGCCCCCGCCGCCACUGGCAGCCAAGAUGUCGACGGGAGGAACGGUCAAGACGGCGAAAAAGGGCGAGCUCAAGAAGAACGCCAUCACGGCAUGA